AUGAGUGGCGCUCCGGAGGCUAACGGGGCCAGCCCCCUCGCCGAGGACCCCAAGUCCGACCCGCAGUAUAUCCGGUUCAAGUGCCUGCCGCCGGGUGGCCCGUUGAACCGCUGGUCUUCCGCGCUUACGAGGGGCCAUGAUUUCCCGGGCGCCCAGGCGAUGCUGUAUGCUGCUGGCGUCCCGAAUCAAGACUUGAUGAAGAAUGCCCCUCACGUGGGCAUCGCGACGGUGUGGUGGGAAGGGAAUCCCGUAUUCCUCGAACUUGGGAAGAUCGUCAAGAGGACGGUAGAGAAGCAGAAGAUGCUGGCGUGGCAGUACAACGCCGUAGGUGUAUCGGAUGGCAUCACUAUGGGCCACCAAGGCAUGCGAUUUUCCCUUCAAACUCGUGACCUCAUUGCCGAUAGCAUCGAGACGGUUACCUGUGCCCAGCACCACGACGCCAACAUUUCAAUCCCCGGUUGUGACAAGAACAUGCCCGGUGUCAUCAUGGCGGCGGUACGCCAUAACCGGCCUUUCAUAAUGAUCUACGGUGGGACCAUUAAAAAGGGGUAUUCGAGCCUCUUAGAACGCGACGUGAAUAUCAGUACUUGCUAUGAGGCCGCGGGAGCCCUCACCUACAACCGGCUCCACGCCAAGACUAACCCAGGCGCCGAGGGUCGAACUCCGAGUGAUGUGCUAUCGGAUCUGGAGCGUCAUUCUUGCCCCGGUUCCGGCGCCUGUGGCGGUAUGUACACCGCCAACACGAUGGCAACAGCCAUCGAAGCCAUGGGCUUUACUCUUCCCGGGUCAUCUUCCUACCCAGCCGAGUCUCCGGAGAAGGCCCGCGAAUGUGAACGCGUGGCCGAGACCAUCAAAACGACGAUGGAGAAAGAUAUCCGCCCGCGGGAUCUGUUAACGAGAGAAUCGCUCGAGAACGCUCUAGUCGUUACGAUGAUACUCGGCGGUUCGACGAACGGCGUGCUACACUUCCUAGCCAUGGCGAAUUCGGCCGAGGUGCCGCUGAGUCUGGAAGACAUCGACAGGGUUAGUAACAAGACACCCUUCUUGGCGGACCUGGCGCCCAGCGGGAAGUACAUGAUGGAAGACCUGUACAAGAUCGGGGGCACGCCGGCGGUGUUGAAAAUGCUCAUCGCGGCUGGCUUGAUCAACGGAAAUAUCCCGACGGUGACGGGCCGGACGCUGGCUGAAAACGUUGCCGACUGGCCGAGCCUGCCGCCGGACCAGAAGAUAAUACGACCCCUAUCGGACCCGAUCAAGGAGACGGGCCACAUCAGAGUGCUGCGGGGGAAUUUUGCUCCCGGAGGCGCGGUGGCUAAGAUUACCGGCAAGGAAGGGCUGAGCUUCACAGGAAAGGCGCGGGUGUUCAAUAAGGAACACGGACUCGACGAAGCCCUAUCUCGCGGCGAGAUCCCGCGAGACGAGAACUUGGUCCUGAUAGUGCGCUACGAGGGGCCUCGUGGCGGUCCGGGCAUGCCGGAGCAGCUGAGGGCCUCGGCUGCAAUCAUGGGCGCAGGUCUCAGGAACAUCGCGCUGGUAACGGACGGCAGAUACAGCGGCGCGAGCCACGGCUUCAUCGUCGGCCACGUGACGCCCGAGGCAGCCCGAGGCGGGCCGAUCGCGCUAGUCAAGGACGGAGACACGAUCGUGAUCGACGCCGUCGCGAACCGGAUCGACAUCACCAACGUCACGGACCAGGAAUUGGAGGAGAGGCGGAAGGCGUGGAAACCGCCGGUGCCGACGGUGAGGAGGGGUGUCUUGGCUAAGUACGCACGACUGGUCGGGGACGCGAGCCACGGCGCCGUUACGGACCAGUGGAAUGAGGACGAAGACUAG